UUGAUCCCGACUACUUCCGGGGUAUUUUCCGGGUCAUGUGCUUUCUUCCACGCUAAAAAAAAAAAAACGUACAGUCAAGCUGACGUUGAACGAAAACCGACAUUAUCAUGUUUAAACUGGAAGGACUCGGUCCUAAAAUGGACCCAGAGGAAAUGAAGAAGAAAAUGCGACAGGACGUCAUUUCAUCGUUACGAAACUUUCUUAUUUACGCCGCCCUCCUUCGAGCUGCUCCAUAUGUCCUGAAGAAGUUGGACAGUAUAUGAGAUGUCUUCUUUGGUCCAGCCUGAGGAUCUCCACCGUGUCAGAGGACUGUGAGGACCACCACCACCACCACCACCUCCACCUCCACCAUUGCUGGAGCCUCCGCUACAGAGGAUGACCAACAUCUGUCCAUCUUUACUAAUUAAUGUACUAAUGCUGUAUGUACAGUAGCAUGUUAGCCUGCUUUUCUUGUGUUAAAUACAGCUUGUUAUUGUAUGAAUGCUCAUUAUGGAAGUUGUUUAGUGGAAGACAGGUUGGCAGGAUUAAAAGUGAUGAUUAACUUA